CUUAACCUAGCAGCUAGCUAUAUAAUCUAGGAGUCAUCUCUCUAAUAGAGAGGAAGGAAUUAAAUGCAUAAUUUUUAUGUUUAUUUUCCUAUAGUCAACUUAGAUCCAGUGUUAAAUUGAGCAACAUCUAUCACAACAUUACAUCAAAACACAACAUAGUAUCUCAUUAUUACUACAGUUUCUCUUCGUUCUGCAUUUGUGUUUGUCUUGAUUGUAAUUCAUCAAAACAAUAAUGUCUUCCUCCUCUGAUGAUCAUCCAUGGACCUAUGACGUGUUCAUAAGUUUUAGAGGGGAGGAUACUCGCAACACUAUUGUUUCUCAUCUCUAUGCUGCACUCCAAAACUCAGGAGUCUACACUUUUCUUGAUGAUCAGAAGCUUACAAAGGGAGAAGUGCUUGGACCAGCACUAAGGAAGGCAAUAGAAGAGUCUAAGAUAUUUAUUGUUGUUCUCUCACCGGACUAUGCAGGAUCUAGCUGGUGUCUUCGCGAACUUGUACAUAUCAUGGAUUGCCACGAAAGUUAUGGCCGGAUCGUUUUACCUGUAUUUUACGGUGUUGAACCAUCGGAGGUCCGUAAGCAGUCGGGUGAUUUUGGAAAAGCCUUGAAGCUGACUGCAACAAAAAGAGAAGAUCAACUACUGUCCAUGUGGAAGACCGCACUCACAAAAGUAGGAAAUCUAGCCGGCUGGGAUUACAACAUUUUCAGGAAUGAAGGUGAACUAGUGGAGCUAAUUGUUGAGGACAUUUUGAGAAAACUAGAUAUCUCAUUGUUGUCUAUUACUGAAUUUCCGAUUGGAUUGGAAUCCCAUGUGCAACAAAUUACCAAGAUUAUUGAUGAUCAAUCAUGCAAAGUCUGUAUCAUAGGGAUAUGGGGAAUGGGUGGAUUAGGCAAAACAACCACGGCCAAAGCUCUCUACAAUCAAAUCCAUCGUAGAUUCCAGGGUAGAACAAGUUUCCUUGAAAGUAUUAGAGAAGUUUGUGAUAAUAAUAGUGGAGGGGUUAUUACUUUACAAGAACAACUUCUUUUAGAUCUCCUUGAAAUAAAACAGAAGAUUCACAGUAUUGCAUUGGGGAAAACUAAAAUCAUGACAAGACUCCAGCGACAAAAGGUUUUGGUCGUACUCGAUGAUGUGACCAAGUCUGAGCAAUUAAAAGCACUGUGUGCAAAUCCUAAGUUGUUAGGUUCGGGGAGUGUAUUGAUUAUUACCACUAGAGAUUUACGCCUUCUCAAGUCAUUUAAAGUUGACCAUGUCUACACCAUGACUGAAAUGGACAAACACCAAUCCCUUGAACUUUUCAGUUGUCAUGCUUUUCAACAACCAAACCCUAGAGACAAAUUUAGCGAACUCUCUAGAAAUGUAGUUGCUUAUUGCAAAGGAUUACCCCUGGCUCUUGAAGUCCUUGGAUGUUACUUAUCUGAGAGGACGGAAAAAGAAUGGAGAGAUGCACUACAAAUAUUAGAGAAAAUUCCCAACAAUGAUGUGCAACAGAUAUUGAGAAUCAGCUAUGAUGGUUUAGAAGAUUAUACGAAACAGGACAUAUUUCUUGACAUAUGUUGUUUCUUCAUUGGAAAGAACAGAGCUGAUGUUACAGAGAUACUUAAUGGGUGUGGACUUCAUGCUGAUAUUGGAAUAUCUAUUCUCAUAGAGCGCAGCCUCGUAAAAGUCGAAAAGAAUAACACGCUUGGAAUGCACGAUUUGCUCAGAGACAUGGGAAGAUCAAUUGCUGGUGAAAGUUCAAUCAAAGAGCCUGCAAAGCAUAGUCGAUUGUGGUUUCAUGACGAUGUGAACGAUGUCUUGUUAAAAAAAAAUGGUACAGAAAUUGUUGAGGGAUUGAUUUUUGAGUUGCCAAUAACACAUAGAACUAGAUUCGGUACUAAUGCUUUCCAGGACAUGAAAAAACUGAGGCUUUUAAAACUUGAUGGUGUUGACCUCAUCGGAGAUUAUGGUUUAAUUUCCAAACAACUGAGAUGGGUUGAUUGGCAACGACCUACCUUCAAAUGUAUACCAGAUGACUCUGAUCUAGGAAAUCUAGUUGUUUUUGAAUUAAAACAUAGCAAUAUUGGACAAGUUUGGCAGGAGCCCAAGCUGUUAGACAAGCUGAAAAUUCUCAAUGUCAGUCAUAAUAAGUACUUGAAAAUCACCCCAGACUUUUCAAAAUUACCGAAUCUAGAAAAGCUCAUUAUGAUGGAAUGUCCGAGCUUGAUUGAGGUACACCAGUCCAUUGGGGACCUCAAGAAUAUCGUUCUGAUAAAUUUGAGGGACUGUAAAAGUCUUGCCAAUCUCCCAAGAGAGAUCUAUCAAUUGAUAUCGGUGAAAACUCUUAUUCUUUCUGGUUGUUCAAAGAUUGAGAAAUUGGAAGAAGAUAUAAUGCAAAUGGAAUCCUUGACAGCUCUAAUUGCAGCAAAUACUGGUAUCAAACAAGUGCCCUAUUCAAUAGCAAGAUCAAAAAGCAUUGGAUAUAUAUCACUAUGUGGAUAUGAAGGAUUAUCACAUGAUGUUUUUCCUUCUCUCAUUUGGUCUUGGAUGUCACCAACCAGAAAUUCCCUGUCCCAUGUUUUUCCAUUUGCAGGCAAUUCAUUGUCUCUAGUUUCUUUGGAUGUAGAGAGUAAUAAUAUGGACUAUCAAUCACCGAUGGUUACCGUCCUAUCAAAGCUUCGAUGUGUUUGGUUUCAAUGCCACUCAGAGAAUCAACUUACUCAAGAAUUAAGAAGAUUUAUUGAUGAUCUAUAUGAUGUGAAUUUUACUGAGUUGGAAACAACAUCACAUGGACACCAAAUCAAAAAUCUUUUCUUGAAAUCACUUGUGAUUGGAAUGGGAAGUUCCCAAAUAGUCACAGAUACUCUUGGCAAGAGCUUAGCACAGGGUUUGGCAACCAAUUCUAGUGAUUCUUUCCUUCCGGGUGACAAUUAUCCUUCUUGGUUAGCCUAUAAAUGCGAAGGAUCUUCUGUACUUUUUCAAGUGCCUGAGGAUAGUGGUUCCUGCAUGAAGGGAAUAGCUUUGUGUGUUGUUUAUUCGUCAACACCUCAAAACCUGCCAAUUGAAUGUAUCACUAGUGUCUUGAUCAUUAAUUACACAAAGCUCACAAUCCAGAUUUACAAGGAUGACACAAUAAUGUCUUUUAAUGAUGAAGAUUGGGAAGGUGUAUUGUCAAAUUUAAAAGUUGGUGACAAUGUGGAGAUUUUUGUAGCUAUUGGGCAUGGAUUUACUGUUAAGGAGACGGCUGCGUAUCUUAUAUAUGGUCAGCCAACUGCUGUGGAAAUUGAACCAAUACCUGAAGUGGACGCGCAACCAUCACCUGAUGCGAAAACGGAGCCAUCACCUGAAGUGGAAGCGCAUUCAUCACCUUAUGCGAAAAGGAGACGACUGUCUAUCUAGUAUAUGGCCAGUCAACUGCAAUAGAAAUAGAGACAUUAACAACUCUGGAAGUUAAGCCUUUUGCUGAAAUGUUUAUGUAUGAAUUAUAAUAAUAGACGUUCCAACAAUUUUCGGUUGGGCAUACCUUUGUCUAUGUGUUUUUCUAUAUUUUCUAGGCUUAAAUAUGUAUUUCAUCCUUGCAAUUAGGGGUCGUUUAAAAAUUGGUACCUGUAAUCGUUAAUCCUAGCAAUUUACCCUUGCAUUGUUUAAUGAUUUAAAAUUUUGUCCCUCUCCCCACUUAAUCACUGCCACGUCACUAAUUCGAUCACGUGACGAUCACUACCACACAUGAAAUUUCAAUGUGACGAUCGAAUUAGUGACGUGGCAGUGAUUAAGUUGGUCAUUUUAAAUGAUUAAUGAUUGCAAGACUAGUUUGCUAGGAUUAGCGAUUACAGUUACCAAUUUUUAAACGACCCCUAAUUGUAAGGAUGAAAUACAUAUUUAAGCCUAUUUAUUAUGAACGAGGAAAAAUAGUGGCGUGUUGUAUAUGAAUUAUGUGGUUAUUGUUUGUUUCAAAUUUAGAAAUUAAUGUGGCAA